AAUCCUCAUGCUUUUCUUUAAACUUUAAAUCCUAUAACCAUAUUCUAACCCCUGUUUUUAAAAUCCCAUUUCAGAUGUGCAAGUAAUAUAAACAUUAACAAAUACGCGUAUCUGUGACAGAAAUUCAAACCUAUCCAGCCAAAGCCUUCAUACUAGCUUUUCUUUUUCUUCUCCCAGUCUGCUGUAUUCCAUUCAUUUCAUAUAUAUGACUUGAAAAUAUGUUCUAAUUGUCCGAAUGAGUUGAUCAAAAUGCAUGAAUAUAAGUAUGAAGAGCUAGAAGAAGCAACUGAAAACUUCUCGAAUUCGCGACUUAUCGGUAAAGGAAGCCAUGGAUUUGUUUACAAAGGCAUCCUGAAAGAAACCAGAGUUCAUCAGGGUCAGGGUCAUGAUCUUGUGGCAAUCAAGAAGCAAUCUUUAGGCCUUCAAAAGCUUGGAGACAAUUCCAAAUUGGAGAACGAAGCCCGGAUUUUGUCUUCGAUUUCGCAGAACAAUCCGUACCUUGUCAACCUCGUGGGAAUCAGUCAUGAUUCUGGCAACAACAACAACAGAGUACUGAUCAUGGAGUUCAUGCCCAAUAGAACACUUCAUGAAUUGCUUCACGGGGGGACUAAUCAUGAACCGCCUUCGUGGCUGAAACGGGCUCAAAUCGCUCUUCAGAUUGCGAAAUCCGUUCGGUUUCUACACGAAUCAAAGCCUCCGAUUGUUCACAGGGACAUUAAGUCAGCAAAUGUCCUGUUUGAUUCACAUUGGAAUGCAAGGUUGGCUGAUUUUGGACUUGCAAUAAGGUUGAAUCAUGAUUCAUUGAACAGGCAAAUGGAUUCACUGAUUCGGCCUGCGGGAACAAUCGGGUACAUUGAUCCUAGUUAUGUUGUUCCGAGCAAAUUAAGUACCAAAAUCGACGUAUUCAGUUUUGGCGUAUUGUUACUUGAGAUCAUUUCAGGGGAGAAAGUGAUCGACGUCAGGAGAUCGCCGUCUUCCAUCGUCGAAUGGGCUAUUCCGAUCAUCCAAAAUGCCGAUCAAAUGCUGGAAAUCUGCGACGAAAGGGUUCAAAUCCCGCGAUUUUUCGAAGGGAUGGUGAGAAACAUGAUUGGGAUUGCUGGGAAAUGCGUGAUGGAUGAUGAAGAUGGUCGGCCUUCAAUGGGAGAAAUUGUGAUGGAGUUGGAGAAUUGCAUUGUUGAACCAUUGAGAUUUCCAGCCUGGAUGCAUUAUCUUAGGGGUUUUAUCCAAAGAAAACUUGUCAUCACAAGCAAGAAUAAAACCGCAGACGGAGCCAAUUCAACACGUAGUAUUUGUGCAGCACAUCAUCAGGAAAAUAAUAAUGUCGGUGUUGAUCCUGUUUCAAGAGGGAAAUUAAUGUUGAGGGAAAUCUUAGCUGAUAUUUCUUGAAGAAAAAUACGAAAAAAGGGUCCUAUUAAGAUUCAUCAUAGCUCAUUCGGUUAUGAAUUUACGUUACACAGAGUACCGACGGUACUGACGGUGGGACGAAAUGGAUUCCUCCGGGUCAACCUUUAUAAUUUUAAUUGACGUAACGUUGAAGGAAUGUGGCUCCAAACACAAGAUUCUGAAAUUAGGUUAGCUUCUGUAAUAAAGAAAGGAUAUUUGUUAGGUCAUUUUGUGUGACUAAGUUUAUGCUGAUCUUGAUAGUGUUGAACGCUUCUUUUGUACAUUUUUGGGGGAAAAUCUUUGUUAAUUUCGUUGGUUUUGUAAAUUAGUCAAAUUUGUGAGCCAAGAGCCAAGACUCAGUUCAAUAAUACUGAUUCAAUUGUUGUUUUUUCAUAAAUAAUAUUUUUAAGAAAAUAAAUGCUGACGAUAUGUUUUGGAUGUA